AAAAUAACUACCUUGACAAAGUUAUACAAAUAAUAUGAAUGUGCAGCUGAAUUUUAAUUACAUUGAAGUUAUUUUGUAUAUUUUUUAAUAAACAAGCUAACUAAUCGAUUUAGAUCACAGAAAUUACAUAUUGUUACAGACAUGUCAUUUCCGUUGUUUCUUGUGUAAUUAUUAUUGAACAUAAUACUGUAAACAAAUUUUGUAUUAUAACAGUGAGCGCGCAAAUCAGUUGAUUUUUAAUAUAUUACAAAUGGCAUAAUCGAACUAUUUUGGUUUUCACUUUUAUCAGUUAUGGUGAAAACUUUGACAAGUGUUUGGAUAUAGUUAUGAUCUAUUUAAUAUAACCUCAAUUAGUAGUUUUCGAAACAAAGAUUUGUGCAAGUGAUUGUACGAAGCUUUAUGAUUAUAUCGUGAUAAUUUUAAUAAAAGGACUCGAGACAGUCCUAGUAUAAACUGGCUGUCAUGAGUAAUUUAUUGUUCAUUACAGAAGAUGAAGGAGAUUACCCAUUACUUACAGAUAGUAGUACAGAAACUUACACUGAGAGCCCACUUGCAGAAGAGUCUGAAAAUUCAAAUAGUUUUGCCCCAUCUCCUUGCCAGUCAGAAGAUUCCACUAUAAUGAUUGAUAUUGAUUCCAGUAAGUUUAGCGACAACAGUGGUGAUGAUCUUAUAAAAGUUCUUUGCAAUUCUUUUAAUGGGUUAAAAUGUGAGUCGACAAAAGAAUCUGCUUCUGAUAAAGGUAUAGAAACUGUCGUUGAGAUUGAAAGACCAUCCUCAUCAAUACUUAGAAGAAGUUCAUAUACUUUAGAAAGUAAAGAUUAUUUAGAAAAAUUGGAAAAUCAGAAAAGCAGACAGGUUUCUUUUCCUGAUGAUGCAUCUGCAUUAGCAAUGUACAAGGAACCUGAGUGUUCCAUGCCAUGGAAAAUAACAAAACAAUUAUCUGCAAAUGAAAUUUUACAAGAAUACAAAAAUUCAUGUAAAAUACAUCGAGCAGUUGAAAUUGAUACUAUAAAAAAACAAAUACAUGAUAUCAAGAAUAACAUGAAUAGAACAUCUGUUUUGAAUAUUAGUUCUGUUCAGGUGACAACUGAAGUGUGUGAAACUUUAGAGGACAUGUUUAAGAUAGCAAAUUUUCAUACAAUUCAUAUAUCUGAAUGUAAAUUUACACAAGAAACUGUGCAAGAAUUUAUUAACAUGUUAGAAUACUACGAACCAACAACAGAACUGGUUGUUUCUGAUAGUUUUAAUGACUUAGAAGCAUGGAGGAAACUUUGUGAUUAUAUAUCAAAGAGCAGUUAUCUACAAUCACUGAUAUUUAAAGAUCUAACAGUUAAUGAACAAUAUAUGCGUUUUUUCCUUGCUGCUGUAAAUACUAAUAACAACAUUACUUCUCUCACAUUUGAUAGUUGCAAUUUAGAUAAAACACCUUCUUAUUUAAUUGAGAGUUUGAUAAACAAUACAAGCAUUCAAGAAUUGUAUUUACUACAAGUUGGACUUUAUACAAAAGAAGCUGAAUGCUUGGGAAGAUAUUUGUCAAACAAUUCAUUUCUUCAAGUUCUGGAUUUAAGUAACAAUUUUAUGGGUGACAGAGGAUUAGAAGUAUUAGCUAAUGGUCUGAACCAACAGCAAAACAGUGUUAUAGGUCUUUCCAUUCUUAUUUUAGUUAAUAAUCAACUUACGGAAAAAUGCGGUCCUAUUAUUAAUUCUAUUAUCUCAUCCUGUGGUACAUUGAGAACAUUAAAUAUAGGGUAUAACAAUUUAACUGAUAAGGUAUUACAGUGUAUACAAGAAAGUUUAUCAGAAACUACAACUCUUGAGGGCUUAGGAUUACAGACAACUUUAUUGACUUGUAGUGGAGCAUUCUUUUUAGCAGAAGCUAUAGAAAAAAAUAAAUCAUUAGAGAAAAUUAAUUUAAAAGGAAAUAAGGCUAUCCAAACCAGUGGAUUAGAGAGGCUAUGUAAAGCCCUUACAAAUUCAAAAAUAACAAAAGUGGAGUUGGAUGAACACAAUAGAUCAUGUAGUGAUCCACAAGGUUACAACGAAAUCGUUAAAAAAAUAAAUGGUAUAUGUACUAUAAACAGGUCUCUUCAAGAGCAAAAAGCAGACGAAGAUGCUUCAACAUUAACGUACUCUUGUCGAAAGAUAUCGUUAAGUUGCGAACCUCGAUAUACUUUACCUCCUUUUUAUUGUCAGCCUAGUACAACAACAACAACUACAACAACAACAACAACAACAACGUCAUCAAAACAUAGGUUUCAUGUCUUAAAGGUUAGUGAAGCCUGUUUGAAUGGCCCCCCUAGUAUCACUACUUCUCGAUUUCGAGUUUUUUCUGUUCCUACCCCCCCUAUAGACUUAAGCGAAACAAAUGAAAAAUAAAUUCAGCUAAACACCUAUUUUUUGGAGGCUAUAUAACUAUUUAUAGGUAUUUUUAUCUACAAAGUAAAUAAGAAAGAUACAUUCUUCAAUUUUUGCAAUAAAUUUGGUUUCAUAAAAUUAAAAAAAAAACUGACCCAGUUUCAGGCCGACAGCUAAAAAAGUUAUUUACUCAUAAUUAUUAGGAUCUGAUUUUACCAUAGGAACUGCUAAAGGUGUUAACCAUGAGUUUUAAAACGCCGAGAGAUCAUUAAUUCUUUAAGCCAACUACUCAAAAACCCUACAAAAGUAAAAUAUAGUUUUCCCUUUUAAAUAUAUUGUUUCGUUUCGUUAUUUAACGGGCAGGAGAUGUCGUAAGUCGCUUUGAAAUAUAGAACUUUAGCUUUCCUAGAAUUGAUAAUUACGAUUCUCUAAGUGUGAUCUAAAAGCACUAAUACUAAAUUUAUCGAUGAACAUCACUUUUUAUUAUCUCUGAAGUGGCUUUUCAACAUACCAAGUUUUAUACAUAAUUUAUAUUAAAUUGAAAGCUUUAAAGUAUUCAAAAAUGUGUAUCAUUUUAUAUUACAUUACGUUUGCUUUAGUUAUCUACUGUUAUCAUUAAUUAAAGUAUAUUUUUAUGAAACCUAACAAUGAUUUAGAGAUAAUAGAAAACCCCAAUGGUUAUUAUUAAUCGAUAUAAUGACCUACAUUUAGAGUAAAUGUUUUUUCUGAAUAAUUCUUCUUAAAUAGUUUAUAUAACCUCGAUAAUAAGUGUUUUGUUAGAGAUAAGCUAAAGAAUCUAUUUUCUUAACUUUGGAAAUUUUUUUUCAUUUUUUUUUAUUAUACAAUAGGUAUUGUUUCUUAAUGUAUAUAAAUAAUUCUACCCGUACAUACAGCAAAUUUUAUAUAAGACUUUCAGUUUUUGAAUGUCUUACCAACUUGAAGAACUUUUCACUUGUACUAUUUCCAUUUUGUAUACAAAAGAUCUUUUUCGUUGCCCUAGUACUACUUUCUACUGUACAUACUACUUUAAAAAAA